GACUUUCCUCCCUUGUGUCUGGUCCACAUUCCAGUCCAGUUGGGGGCGGUAAUGCACCGGAAACGUUGGUUGGCAACCGCUGUAUAAAUUAUUAAAGAAGAUGAAGUAGAAUUAACCUUGUUGCAGCUCGUUGUUUGUAGGCUAAGGUUUGUUUGCCGAACUUCGGUAUAGUUUCAUUUCGUGAAAUACAAGGAAGAAUCCAAGUAGCUGAAAUGAUGGAGGACAAACCCAUCCUGCUGCUCUCCUUCCACACUGAGAUCAAACAAGAACCACUAGAUGCUGAUUGUGAUAGUAAAGCUCAGUGUUCAUUGGUGGAUUCAGAGAUGACAUCAGUGAAGCAGGAAGACAAAAGUCAAAUAUUGGGACUGAAUGUUAAAAUAAAAAAUGAAGAAGAGGAGAAGAAUUUGGGGAGUUUAAUCAGUCAAGAUGUGAUGGCUGAAGGUGAUACAUUUCCUACAGAUGGAGAGAAAAAACAGGAAGACUGCAAAGAUACGAAGUCUCACCCCUGCCCCCGUUGUAGAACAUGUUUACUAAAUGAUUCAGAUUUAAAAAGACACAUUAACAUAUGUACACAAGAGAAGCAUUACUCCUGUUCUGACUGUGGGAAGGGUUUCUCCUUAUUAGGUAACCUUAAAAUUCACCAACGCAUACAUACUGGAGAGAAACCUUAUUCAUGUUCUGAAUGUGGGAAGACUUUUUCUCAGUUAGGUCGACUUAAAAUGCACCAGUACAUACACACCGGAGAGAAACCUUAUUGCUGUUCUGACUGUGGGAAGACUUUUUCUCAGUUAGGUAACCUUAAAAGGCACCAGCGCAAACACACUGGAGAUAAACCAUACUCUUGUUCAGACUGUGGGAAAGGUUUCAUUUCAUCAUUUGCGCUUAUUAGUCAUAAGAGAGUGCACACUGGAGAGAAGCCUUAUUCCUGUUCUGACUGCGGAAAGAGUUUUUCUCAGUUAGCUAAGCUUAAAAGGCACCAGCGCAAACACACUGGAGAUAAACCGUACUCUUGUUCAGACUGUGGGAAAGGUUUCAUUACAUCAUUUGAACUUACUAGUCAUAGGAGAGUGCACACAGGAGAGAAGCCUUAUUCCUGUUCUGACUGCGGGAAAAGUUUUUCUAAUUUAGGUCUGCUUAAAAGGCACAAGCACAUACACACUGGAGAGAAACCUUACUCUUGUUCAGACUGUGGGAAAAGUUUCAUUACAUCAGCUGAACUUACUAGACAUAAGCGAGUACAUACUGGAGAUAAACCGUACUCUUGUUCUGACUGUGGGAAAGGUUUCAUUACAUCAUCUGACCUUACUGGCCAUAAGAGAGUGCACACUGGAGAGAAACCUUAUUCCUGUUCUGACUGUGGGAAGAGGUUUUUACGAUUAGGUAAUCUUAAACAGCACCAGCAGAUACACACUAGAGAGGAACCUUAUUGUUCAGACUGUGGGAAGACCUUUUCUCAGUUAGGUCAGCAUAAAAGGCACCAGCACAAACACACUGGAGAUAAACCGUACUCUUGUUCUAACUGUGGGAAGGGGUUCUCCUUAUUAGGUAACCUUAAAGUUCACCAACGCAUUCACACUGGAGAGAAACCUUAUUCAUGUUCUGACUGUGGGAAGACUUUUUCUCAGUUAGGUCAGCUUAAAAUGCACCAGUACAUACACACCGGAGAGAAACCUUAUUGUUGUUCUGACUGUGGGAAGACUUUUUCUCAGUUAGGUAACCUUAAAAGGCACCAGCACAAACACACUGGAGAUAAACCGUACUCUUGUUCUUGACUGUGGCAAAGGUACUUACAAGCCAUAAGGGUGCACACAGGAGAUAAGCCUUGCUCUUCUUUUUACUGUGGGAAAGGUUUGUCAUCCAGUUUCCCUCAAAAUACACUACUCAAAAAAUGUAAGGUAUCGCUUAAUUCACACAUCAGGUCUCAAUGAACUUAAUAUAUUUAGGAUCAAAAUGUGUAAUUUGUUAACGCGCCCAUAUUAUGACUGCUUUUCAACAAGUUAAAAUAGGUCUAUAAGUUCCAUAAAACAUGUUUCUGUAGUUGUUUGCUGGACAUAGCUUGUAGGAAAAGAUUCUUACCUCCCUCUAUUACCCUCUGUUUCAGUCCCUUUCAAAGUGUUCUGUUUUCUGCUGCUCAUUGCAUAUUCAUUAGCUGCUGCUCCUUUGCCCACGCCCACUCUAACUGUUACCAUGGUAGCGGAGAGAGCGUAGUAGUAACGGUAGAAGCUAGCGGUUAGCGUAACCUUGUACUAUGGCAAAACACUAGCUAGCUAGAAUGUUAGUUUGCCAAAACACUUCUUGGUUAGUUGGUGUAGAAUUGCAAAAUCCUGCCUUGUACUGACCGAAAUUGGAGAAACAGCCCGUCUCAAAGUGGGUAGCACAAACCGAAAAUUUUUUGACAACUGUAGCAGGGACAUUGCCUUCAAAAAUGAAUUCAAGCCAUGCCGCUCUUCUGUCCUCUGUGGCUGGGACACGAUGGAGUGUUUUGUGCUCCUCUUUACAGCCAACAACGGCACAGUUUAAGUGGUGCUUCUGAAUCAGUAACAACAUGGAGGAUAUCAGAGAAGUUACUGCUGUACCUGGUGGGUGGAGCCUAUAGACGGUGGAGACAUUAGGUAUGCUCUGUCGGGAGGGGGUGGAGGGUGGGAAUAUUCACAUUUUUGAAUUAUUUUUGAAUAAUUCAAAGGAGUUUUCUAACAACUCACCCAGAGACUGAAGACCGAGGACAUUCAGAAACCCAUAUCUCACUCAAAACAGCAUGGAUGUUUUUUUUCCAAAGUUUGUAUGCGUGUGGAAGCACCAGAGAAACAAAAGAACACCCCAAAACCCAGAAAAAGUGUUUUUUUUCAUAAUAUGGGCACUUUAAAAGCAAAAAGACGAUGGUCAAUGGAAACCAAAAUCACUAACCAAUUCAGGGCUUUAAACACACACCGAUUAUCAAUGUGCAACCCUUUAAGGAUAUGGCUCCCCAGAUCAUCACUGACCCACGCAAAACACCUUCAUGCUGGAUGUUGCAGGCAGAAUAAUGUUCACCACGGCAUUUCCAGACUCUCACGUCUGUCACAUGCUCAGUGUGAACCUGCUCUCAACUGUGAUGAUAACUGGGUGCCAAUGGCGGACCUGCCGUUUCUGGUGUUCUCUGGCAAAUGCCAAUCGAGUUGCACGGUUCUGGACUGUGAGCACAGGUCCCACUAAAGGACGAUGGGCCCUCAUGGCACCCUCAUGGAGUCGGUUUCUGACAGUUUGGUCAGAAACAUGCGCACCAAUAACCCGCUGGAGGUCAUUUUGUAGAGAUCUGGCAGUGCUCCUGAGACAAUGGAGUAGAUACCUGUCCUGCUACAGGGUUGAUUCCCUUCUACGGGCCUGUCCAGCUCUCCUUGUGUAACGGCCCGUCCCCUGGUAUCUCCUCCAUGCUCUUGAGGCUGUACUGGGAGACACA